AUGGCACCCCCCCAGGACCUGAGACCGCCACACCGAGAGCCGAUGGAGCCGAGACGGCUGGAACAAGCAGCUCACCUUUCUCUUUUCUGUUCUCUCCAGAGAUUCGAGAAGAAGUUCAAUUCUGAGCAAAGCUCAGGCAAUGUCUCCAAAGGAACACAGUUUGAGUAUGCUUGGUGCCUGAUCCGCAGCAAAUACAAUGAGGACAUCAAAAAGGGCAUUGUCCUUUUGGAAGAACUGUUGCCCAAAGGGAACAAAGAAGACCAGAGAGAUUACGUGUUUUACCUCGCGGUAGCCAAUUACCGCCUGAAGGAAUAUGAAAAGGCUCUGAAAUGCAUCCGAGGCCUAUUGAAGACUGAGCCAAACAACACGCAAGCCUUGGAGAUGGAAAAACUGAUCAAGAAAGCCAUGCAGAAAGAUGGCUUGGUUGGCAUGGCGAUCGUUGGCGGCAUGGCAUUGGGAGCGGCCAGUCUGGCGGGCCUGAUCGGCUUGGCCAUUGCCAAAUCCAAAUCCUAAGGCCGAUAGGGUAGGCCUCCCUUCUCUUCCUCUGGCGGAGCAAGCCGGCCUGGGCAUCUGGAAGACCUAACCCUCCAGAGAAGCGAGCAGAGGGAUGAUUCAAAACCCUUUUGUUUUCUUCAAAUGUCACUAACCUGACUGUAAUUCCUGGAUUUCGGUCCUCAUUUCUCCCCCACCUCCCCCACUGAUCAGCUGCUAUGUUCAUGAGGGCAAAGAGCGAUAAUAAUGCAGAAAUUGCCCAGAGAAUGAGGGUGUCCUGGGACUAUAAUCCCAAUUUUCCUCUUGCGUUAAUCCAAGCUGAGGUUCUUCUGAUAUCUCUCCUUCCACUGGUACAAGACGUACUAAGUCCUUCUCUCUCUCUGCCUUUCGAUUCUCCCAAAAAUUUGGGAAGAAUCGUCUGGUGAAGUACGGGAGCCAAACGCUAACUCACUUUGGUGUCCCUUCUGGAGAUAACCAGGAUGUCUUUCUGCCUUUCAGAUGAAGCUUUGGCCAAGUGCUGGGGAUAAGGUGGCGUUGAUGGGGAUAUUUAUUUCCUUCACUCAGGCAGAAUAUUUCCUUCACUCACAAACUGAUUUUCCCCUCUGCUUCUGAACUUACUCUUUAACCAUAUCAGUGUGUGUAGUCAGGAUGAAUCCAUUGUCAACACUAGAUUUUUUUUUAAAUUUCUUUGUUUAACUUAGCUGGGUAGGCUCCUGAGUUCUUUCAAUUUCUUUUAAAAAAAGUCAUUUUUGUGAAGGUGAAGAGGUUGGGUAGCCUCAGCAAGAGGCCUACCUGUGUUGGCCUCUGAUAAUGGACCUCGAAACGUGUAGAUUUGGUGGUGUAUGAGCAGUCCACUUCAAGCCACACCAUCUCUUGUUGAACUACAAUACCCAAAACUCCUCACUCUUGACCAUGUUACCUAGACCUGCUUAGAUCUGGAAGUCACAAGUUAGCUAGUUUGAGUAAGACAUCGGUCUACAUUUGUGGUAGAAAACCAUGGUCCCUUCAUAACUUGUGGACUUCAACUCCCAGAAUUCCUGAGCCAGAAUGGCUAGCUUAGGAAUUCCAGAAGUUGAAGUCCACAAGUCCUAAAAAGGCUGUAUAUUGUAUAUACAGGCACAGAUAUGAGGCCAUAGGUAUUGAUAUGCUAUCAUGAGUGUUGGAUGCUUCACACCAUUGGAAAAUAUUGUCCUGUUCCUGUUCCCCCCCCCCCCCC